GGGAAAUGCUUGACUAACAAGCAGGAAGUUGUCGGUUCGAAUCCCUGCUGCUACCAUAUCGGGCAGCAACGAUAUAGGAGGAUGCAAAGGCAUCAUCUCAAACUGCGUGGGAGGAGGCAAUGAAGGCGCCUCUGUAGCCGGGUGUAAGCGAUUGGACUACUACUCCCAAGAUUCCUCGCGGCAACUUGGAGGUGAAAGGUGACACCCAACAUGGCGACGGACAUGGAGCGGGAGGAAGUGUUGGAGGAGACCGUGAAAACGUUUAAGGAACUGGGCGUGACUGAUGUACUGUGUGAAGCCUGUGAUCAGCUGGGAUGGAAGACACCAACAAAGAUCCAAGUGGAAGCUCUUCCAGUUGCACUCCAAGGCCGUGACAUCAUUGGUUUAGCAGAGACGGGAUCUGGAAAAACAGGGGCUUUUGCUUUGCCUAUCCUUCAAGCACUGCUGGAGGCACCUCAGCGCUUCUUUGCUUUGGUGCUUACUCCUACCCGGGAGCUAGCCUUUCAGAUCUCGGAGCAGUUUGAGGCUCUUGGAUCUUCCAUUGGUGUCCAGUGCACUGUUAUCGUGGGAGGAAUUGACAUGAUGGCCCAGUCGUUGGCCCUAGCUAAGAAACCACAUGUAAUCAUUGCUACACCUGGCCGCCUUAUCGAUCACCUCGAAAACACAAAGGGCUUCAACUUGAGAGCUCUGAAGUAUCUCGUCAUGGAUGAAGCUGACCGGAUCCUCAACAUGGACUUUGAAACAGAGGUAGACAAGAUCCUGAAAGUGAUUCCCAGAGACAGAAAGACAUUUCUCUUUUCUGCUACCAUGACUAAAAAGGUGCAAAAACUUCAGCGUGCAGCUCUUAAGAACCCUGUUAAAUGUGCAGUUUCGUCUAAGUACCAGACAGUGGAAAAACUGCAGCAGUACUAUAUUUUCAUCCCUUCCAAGUUCAAGGACAGUUAUUUAGUCUAUAUUCUGAAUGAACUUGCUGGGAAUUCAUUCAUGAUUUUCUGCAGUACUUGCAACAACACUCAGAGAACAGCCCUUCUGCUUCGGAAUCUGGGGUUCACAGCCAUUCCCCUCCAUGGACAGAUGAACCAGAAUAAGCGAUUAGGGUCACUGAACAAGUUCAAGGCGAAAACACGUUCCAUUCUGUUGGCUACAGACGUUGCUAGUAGAGGCCUGGACAUCCCCCAUGUUGAUGUAGUGAUAAACUUUGAUAUCCCUACCCAUUCCAAGGAUUACAUUCAUCGGGUGGGGAGAACUGCUCGAGCUGGGCGAUCUGGGAAAUCCAUAACAUUUGUCACACAGUAUGAUGUGGAGCUCUUCCAGCGCAUUGAGCACCUAAUUGGCAAGAAGUUGCCUGCCUUCCCCACGCAAGAGGAGGAGGUCAUGAUGCUGACUGAGCGCGUGGCUGAAGCACAGAGAUUUGCACGGAUGGAAUUGCGACAGCAAGGGGAAAAGAAGAAGCGCUCCCGAGAAGAGGCCAACGAAGAUGAUGACGCAGAGGGAGCAAUGGGUGUCAGGAACAAAGUGGCUGGCGGGAAAAAGAAGAAAUGGAAAGCGUGAGGACUGAAUAUCUCCAGACUUUAUACUUUUAGACCAUUUGGGUUUGGGGAGACACCAGUCUAAUGCAAGUAUCAGACCAACCUUCCAGCACCAGCUGAGAUAGCAAGACAUUUUCUUCUUCAAUAGCACAUUUUCCAAUGAUAAUCCAGCUCCCAGAUGCAAUCCUGAUAUGAUUCAUCUGCAAGCCUUGGAAAUCUGUGGACGUCUUUUACUUUUACAGCCAACAGUUGUUUUUUUUUCACCAGAAGGAGUGACGAUCCCUUAAGUUAUUUUUGAGGAGUAAAAUGGAUUGGUUUGCUUGACUCCAGCCGGAACCGUUUAGCCAGCUAUUCUGCAGCUUAUGGAGAGAGACCUUUCCAGCCCAUAAUUCUAUAAGAAGACAAUUGGCCAAGAUCUAAUAGUAGCUCAUUGUGAUAGUUCCAAGAUAUGCAGGCAAAGCAGAUGGAACUCUAAUCAGAUCCUUGCCUUAAAUGUAUAGACUUAAUAGGGGAGAAGAAGAGGAGACUAAUAAAUACUUGCAAGAAAGCGUUA